AUGUCAACCAACAAUCCUAUCAGGGACACUACUCCACUUCACUCCGAGAUGUCUGUACCUCCUCCUCCAUCCACAGCAGUCCACGUGGCAGGGAUGAUGAUUCAACCAACCUCACCUCCUUACAUGCUUGAACCAUUACUUGAAACCAUAAGAACCUCACAAACGUUAUCGGAUGAAGUCUUAAAAGAGUUGGCUCAUCUCUUUCCAUCCACCACACUCGUUCAUGCUCUCGAAUUAUUAGAUAAAGAAAAGAUUAUUAAAUAUAUUGCACAACCCUCACAGAGAGAAUUAUUUGCAGUGGAACCCUCGCAUCGAUCGAGUGGUGGUGGUGGUGGUGGUGCAUCAUUGAGUCACCACCAUUGUCACAAACCAUCAACUCCUCUCAACAACAACAAGAUGACAACAAACAACACUCGUAUCUUCAACAACCACAUUCAAAUCUUACAAGUGUAUUUCUCAUAG